AUGCAGGCCUCCGAUGGGCCUAACCAUAUGACUUCGUCCACCAAGCCGCCACUCAAUCAAUUUCAAGCAUCGCCUGGCGGCAAGGCGGCAAGGCGGUUAUGGGCGUUGAUGAGCAUGCAUAAACAAUUGUGGGUUCCUUCAUUUUUGGCAGUGUUGAAAGCAAAGGAAUCCUGGAAUUGACGCCCAACCUCCCUCCAGCUGCUGCUGUUUUCCUCUUUCUUUUUGUUUUGUUUCUUCACGGACCAACACUCGCAUUGACAGCCGGGAAAGCCGGCAACUGCUGUAUAUUGGUUCUUUUAACAGUCAGCCACCGGCCCUGGAUCCGGUUUUCCCCUUUUCUCCGACUAAAACACUAAAAACGGCACAACGCGAGAUUUGCCAACAUAACAUCCAAGCAGAAAAGAGUCGCCUUGUCGCGUCCUGAGAAAGACCAGGAAAGCUUCGGGAACAUCCGCCACUGGCUAUAUCUUGCAGAUCUUAUCCUAUUUAUAUCCAUGACCCCUUCGCCACUAUAUGCACCGGUUUACAAUAGUCCCUGCUUCUGAAGAUCAUAGUACACCUUCUCCG